CUCGACUUCAUACAGGCUGUCGCAUACUACACCCCUGUCUGUAAUCAUCCUGGACAGCAUAGGCUUUAUGAUUUUAUUAUGUGACUUGUCUCAUACUAACUGCGUCACAUACAGUCACAAUCAAGACCACGACUCGAUCCUGACCGUUUCGUCCUCAUUUAUUCUCGCUGUUCCGCUCAACCACAGUCUCAUCAAUACUACCCGUUUUUCAUACUGGAUAUGUCAUAUAUUGACAUGCUUCCUGACCUCGGCGACGACUAUAAUCAUUCGCGUCGCCCUUCAAGCCCUGUCAUUUCUAUGCCUGUUCCUAACUCUGUUUCCUCCGGUCUUAUCAUCAUAACCGUCGGCGUCGGAACAGAUACCAAUCCUGUAACCCUAUCCUGCAAUCAUACAAACACCGACAAAGUAUCAGUAACAAACACAAACAUGUCAUCCAAUCUUAUGAAGAGGAAAGAAUCACCUGUCAUAACGACCAAUACCAGAGUAUCAAAGAGAAGGGUGACUGAACCGGACGAACUGGACGAGGACGGAAUACCAUUCGUCGCGCAGUUCCCUGCCAAGUCUAAACAACGCAGGUCGUCUGUCAGCCGGUCGACAACGGGCCAGACCCGUACAAAAUCGUCAAUAUCCGUCCGUCACUCACAAAGUUCUGUACGAUCUGGCGAUACUGUUCGUACCGCUCCUACAUACAUUGUCUCUUCUCGACCAAUCCCACUGUCUGAGAUUCAAAUACUUUCUGAAACAUACAUUUUUGCAGAAAUGAUUGAGACAGCGACUGGAAAAGGAAAAGACAACGACAAGGAAUCCGAACUUACCGUACCUGCUCCAGACGCUUAAUGAUAUCGUAUUGUUCUCUCGAAACAGUGUUUUCUACCGUGUAGUCCAUUAACUGUAUGAUCAUAACAAUUAUGACUACAGAUU